AUGCUACGAAACGCGACAGCGACAAUCCAAGGACGCGCACGCCUUCAAAACAGCGGAAUGACACAAACGUCAUGGGAAUGCCGGCUCGAGGAGGGACAGAAAGCCCUCCCCAGGGUCCACGAAUAUGAGGUGAAGUACAACUACAACUACGAAGAGCAAACAGUUGAGAGCAGCCGAGUAAAAGCUUCAAAUGCGCAGCAUAAAGUGUAUUCAGUGCUUAGCAGACUGGAUGCCUACAAAGACCCAAGCUUUCCACAGAGGCAAGAUUCCACGAAGCCCCCACAAGAUUCCCGUGCAUACACUUGA